GUUUUCGUCUUCUCCUUACAACGCCAACAGAAACUAUGGCGUCGUUUAUAAAGCAACUAUUCUUUAGUUUAUUGGAUAAAACCAAAGGAAGAAACAAACUCUCGUGUCUCAACAACGAAGAAAAGAAGAAGAAGAAGAAGAUGAUGAAGAAGAAGAUGAAAUUACAUGCUUGACUUGGAUCAAACGCUUCUCCACUAUGUCCCUGUUUCACAGCUUUCUGAUAAAGAAAAAUAUUUGAUGGAAGAACCUGAGUCAAGGGUUGAUCUACUGAGGUUUAACGAAGAAAAUCCCGAGCAUAUGAUAAAGUUACGACCUUUCCUCCGCGAGUUUCUGAAAGAAGCCAACAAGCUUUUCCGCAUGCACGUUUACACGAUGGGCACUUACGGCUACGCGCGGUAUGUAUUGAGUGUUAUUGAUCCUGGUAAAAGAUAUUUUGGAAAUAGAGUCAUAACCAGAGAGAAAUCCCCUCAUAAGAAGACCCUUGAUCGUAUCUCUGCUGAUCAACGAAGAGUGGUUAUUGUUGAUGAUAAUCCUAGUGCUUGGCCUCAACACAAGCCAAACUUGUUGCAGAGAAGGAGAGCGACGAGUGUCGAAGCAAUGGAGCAUUGUCUAAUGUUCUCAAACUCCUUCAAAAAGCUCACACAAGAUUCCAACAAGAAGAGGAUUCUAACGACUUGAGGCUUUUGAUACGUGACUGAUCCUCCCUCCUUGCGUGUUGUUGAUUUUGACUUUCACUUCAGAAAACUGCUAUUUUUGUUUGCAAUUUCUCAAAAUACACACACAAUAACAAUUAAAAAUGCUUGUUUGUUUUACUCUAGAUUUGGAGGGUAAAGCUUCAUCUGAAUCUUCUGCAUUGCACCUUGAAUCAAUUCCCCCGUUAUCUGAAAAUACUGGUAAAAUGAUCAAAGAUGACUAUGAAGAAUAUAAGAGUGAGAAACCAAAUCUGAUUCUUCUUUCAUUCAUUCAUCUUGUCUAUAUCUUGAAGUAAAAAAGCUUCUGAGAAAUCAAGAAAGGGGUCAAAAGGAAAUGAUAGUAGAGAGAGAGAUAGAGUUGGCGCCAUGUUUUUUACCAUCAAUAGAAGCAGAACAAACACUUUUGGUUUGAACGGUUCUUGCGUUAACACCUACAUUAAUUAGUUAAACAUUACAUUAAAAGACUAUUUAAUUGGUUAAACAUUACAUCAAAGACUAAUCGUUUCAGUUUUUGGUGCCAUGUUUCAGUGUGGUUUCAGUUUUUGGGGUUUUGCAUAUCUUCUAAAGCAAAAAUCCAAGUCCCUCUCAAAUCAACGGACAAAGAAGACAAGAAGCAGUCAUUGUUUGUUGAUCUUGGCGUAUGGAGCUCACCAACAAAUCUGAUGGCGUCCCUUUUGUGCUGAUUAGAACCCUACAUGCUACUCUCUAAUGUUAGUCUCAACAAUGUACAAUGUGAAACACAACAUCCUGCAGUAUCUUAAAAAUCAGAUUUUGAGUUCAUUGUUAUGUGUAUACCAAUCUGUAAACAUAAACUGAAGCAUUGUAACAUGUUGAAAAGUAGAUGAUAAAUUACUUGAGUGACUAAGACGAUUUGAUCUC